AUGGGCGCUUUAAUGCGAGUCUGGCGUGGCAGUGUGGCGCUAAUUACGUGGGCUGUGAAGCUUGUGCGUAGCUCACAUAGCAAUGCUUUGCCUAGAUCUGUGUCAAGAUCAUCUACCCGCGGUAAAAGUAUCUGGAACUUCCUAGCAGCUACUUCACGACGCGCACGACGUCAAUCCCACGCAGCUCUUGAAUUGCUAAGGAAAUUUCGUCAUGGCCCCGAAAAUCACAGCGAAUGGAACUUAUUUCUAUGGCGCGCUACUUUUCCGCUUAUUUCACUCAUAUUACUAACGUUGCUCUGUAUUGUUGGUCACUUUGGCCACACUGCGUACUCGCUAAUUGUAAACCCUGUUUGGUACUUGUGCAACUUCGUUCUCGUCACGAUGCCGUUUCUCUUAGUAUUUCGAUUUUCUGGCCUUAAUGAUGUGCUGAAUACAGAGUCGCAGUCUACAAUUUGGUAUGGACUGGCGACUGUCAGCGGUGCUAUCAGCCUCGUGGAGUGGUACAUGAGCUUGCCAGCGAGCAGAUACUCAUGGAUCGUUGGGAACACGUUGUUUGGUAUUGUGGCGUUAGGUGCAAUUCCGUUGUUCUUCAGUAUACAGUCAAGGACAUCGCGGUCUCAAUACGAGGCGCUGAUUCGACAUGAACAGGAGCAAGAUGAAUUGCGUCCCGUGCCUGAAGAAAAAGAGGACGCCUCUUCUGACCGCGAGACAAAAAAAGGAAUUGCAAGUCAAAAAUUGGCAGAAGAUAGCAAGGAAGCCAGGAAGGGGAAAGAGAACAAAAUACAAGGCCAAAGAAAACAUGUGAUGAUGACAAGGCUGCUGUACGGAUGUGGCUUCAGUGCGCUUGUGCUGUGGUUAGUCAUGUUUUGCUCGUACAGUUCAGCGCAAGGAGGUGAAGCGGUCACGAGUUUGUGGUUUUUGCUGUACUCGCUAUCGCCAGUUUUGUUCGUUGUGCUUUUUUGUUCUCGAAAAGUUCAAGUGCGCUUUAGCUUUGAGCAUGCAGUGGCGUACAGCACACUAGUGGUCCAUCUUCCGUUGUUUUUUGGCCAUUUUUGUGUAAGGCUAUUUACUUUGACUGAAGAUUCGACGGCAACGUCGCCGACUCAUGUUGAGUCAUGGCUCAAGCUGGCGGUCUCUGUGUUGUAUCUUUUGCUGAUGCAAGGCUAUUUCUUUGUGAUCACGUAUAUGGUCAACAGCAUGUCGGAGCCAUUUGCACAUCCGUCGUUGUUGUAUGUCGGUCAGCUCUACUACUAUGUGUACUGGUACAUUUUGGUUGGCACUGACACGCCCAUUGAUGGAUUGUAUUGGGCGAUGCUUCUUCUAAACAACAUCCAUAUUGCAUUUCUCAACACAGGCGUCUACACAGAUUUUAAGCGCGUGUCUACCGUUUGGCUAACGACUCCAUUGCACGUCAACCUUAGCUCAUCGGUCGCUGUUUGCUUGCGCACGACCACGUCUGCUAUGGCUACUUCAAGGUGUCGUCCGCAACGAAAAGCGUUUAAUGGUGAAAGCUUGUUAGGAUUUAGCUGUGGUGUAGCGGGUGCGGCAGUAGUGGAAACGCAGUCCGAACUUCUAGAUGUGCAAAAUGAGGAAUAUGACUUCAACCCUUUGGACGGCUUGGACGGCGAAUCUCGACUUCAACAUAUCGACGACAAAGGUCCAUCCGUCAGCACAAAUCAGCUGCCAUCUUGGGAAGAAACCGAAAACCGCAAUUGGGAACGUGACUACUAUCUUACGAAUCGAGCAUCGACCGACGCGUAUUCACCCACUCACAAGGGGAAAACAAACUUGAUGUUCUUCGGGGAAAAAUGCUCUCUUGCUCAAAGGAACUGCAGAGAAUGUGGGAAAUCGUCCCAGUCUGGUGUCGUGACGAUGGCAUCAGGGCCAUCUACAUCAAAUGUAGACUUUAGAACAGCUACAAGUAACUCUUUGAAACCGCUGUACUUUUUGAUGAAACUUGCCGAGCAAGACAAUAUGGCCGAUACGACGGCGCUUAUUCUGGUGCCUUCGCUUUUGACGCUUCUGGCAGUAUUUGAGAAGCCAGGUAGUGCAUUAACUGUUUUGCAAGAUCAGGCAAAUUUAUGGCUGCGAUGUGUGUGUAUGUUUAUUGGACGAUUGGGUGGUUCAUUCCUCGCACGAGAGAUAUUCACCUGCAAGCUGCGUACACGGCUGCGUUCAUCACUCGAAGACUUUGGUGACGUGACGCAGUCUGAUCCCAUUAGCGGCUGUAUAGAUGGUAUGCCAGCACGCUUGUGGAUACAACGUCUAAUGCUUCACGAUUUUCACGCACAAUUUGGGUACCUUACCGCAGUGACAGUUGUAGUCACAUUUGGUUGUUUUGCUCGAAUUGAUUUGCCGCUGCGCUUUGCUUUGCUAUAA